UAAUCGAACGUAUGCCGUCGACAUAAAAGCAACGUGCGGAAGCGCAGCGCGUGUGUAUCUGAAAAAUAUAUAGUAGUUGUUUUUUAUUAUUAUUGUAUAUUGUAUUGUCUACAUGAGUGUUGUUUGUGUAUGAAUUAAAGAAGCUUGACGAUAAAAAUAUUAAAGAGGAAAAAAAUAAAAUACAAAAGUAAUGAAAGAAAAAUAAAUUUAAAAUAAAACAGCAAUAAAACGACAAGAAAACGGCGACGAUUUUUGGACGUUAAAGAAGUAAAUAUGAAAAGAAAAAAGUUUAGUGUUUUUAAAAGAAAAUUUAUAUAGAAAAAAUACAAAUUUUAACAAAAGUUAAAAGCGUACCUAAAGAAAAAUGUAGUUAUAAAGUGUAGGAAAAAUUUCAAGUGUUUUUACAGUGUAGCGAACGCAAAAAUUGAAAAAUAUUGAAGGAAUAAAAGAAAAAAAAAAUGGGCAAAAGAGAGAGAGAAAGAGGAAAUAAAUAUAACAAAAAAUUCUCUUUUGUUAAAAAGUUAAAUGUUGUUAACUAAAACAUGUAAAUUUUAUAAUAAAUUAUUAAACAACAAACACCCUACUGGUGGAGCAAAACACGCGCCAUAAUACAACAAUAAUGAAAAUACGCCACAAUAUGAUAACUCUCUUUUUUUCAUUAAGCUAAAAUUUAUGUGAGAGCAGCAUUUUGCGUUUGAAAUCGAAAAAGAAAACACCAAAAUAAAAGUGAGAUCUGUUAGAUAGAAACAAAAAACUCACUGUUAUUAUUAAAAACAACAAAACAAAACAAUAAAAAAAUAAUAAACAUGUAUAAAUGACAAAUAUAAAAUAUUUAAGAAGCAGCAAUUCUCAUUUUCAUUAUUAAAAAAAUACAACAAAAACAAAAACAAAAUACUAAUUGGAAUUCUUCUUGUUCUUGUAAGGCAAAUUCUCAUCUCAUCUCUAACAUCCGCAACAAUAACAACAAUCAUUUAUAACAAUAACAACAAACCCUGUAUUUUGGGAAAAUAAAAACGUCAAAAGCUUUUUUUAUAACUGGCCGUCGGCUUUUUUGUUGUUGCUGCUUAUCCCCUUAAAAAAUUGGUGGAGAGUAAGCAAGUGAGUGAGAAUGUGAUGAUUAUCUUAUCUUAAAGUGUUUUUUCCAACGAAAAAAUAAUAUAGUGUUAAAAGAAAAAUCGCCAAUAAAAUUAUAAGAAAAAAUUGUCACCUCAAAUUAAAAAGGAAUAUGAAAAAGAAAUAGAAUUAUUGCUUUAAAAGCAAAAAAACAAAAAAAGACAAAAAUUAAACAAAAUAAAAAGAAAUUGUCACAAAUUGUAAAAAAAAACAAAAGCACGAAAAAAUAAAUUAAAAGAAAAUUUUACGAAAAUUUGCUUAUUUUGGUGCUGAAAAUCUAAAAAUAAAGUGAAAGAAAGAAAAAAAAAGAAGAAAUUCUACAAAAAGUAAAAGGUGCAAAACACAUAAAAAGCAGAAAAUUUAAGAAAAAAAUAAUGCCGACGGCAUCAAAUAUUAAAUGCAAUUUGAAAAAAUUAACAAAAUUUUAACAAAACGUGCCAAAUUAUUAAAACAAAUAAGCAAAUAAAACGAAAAAAAGUGGAAAUAAAAAUAGCCCAAAAAUUUUAAAUACAAAAAAGCAAGUAAUAGAAAAAUAUUUUCACAAAAAAUAAAAAAAAUUUAAAAAAAUGAAAUUAAUUCAAGAAAAAUUUUUACAAUUUCCUCAGAAAUUGACUUAAACUAUAAAAGAAAACUAAAAACUAACUGAAAAUAACAUCACAACAACAACCACCAAGAAAACACCAUUCCCCAAAUUGUUUGGCAAAGUCAACAUGACCGAAUACGUUACUCCCAAUAUACACACAGUGUUAAAAAAGUAUCAAACAAGUGCUCCAAAAUCUUUACAAGGCCCAGGUCACUCCUUACAGACAACCUCAUCCUCUUCGUCAUCCUCUUCUACAUCGAAUGCCAACAUAGUGAAUUUACAGACACAGCAGCAGCAGCAACAAUCAGCACAACAACAACAACAACAACAAACAAACAUAAAUUGUCCUUGUCCCUUAGAUGUCAGCCUUAAUAAUGGCCCGACAUCUUUGGUUGCGGAUAUACACGGCUUGGUUACAAUGCGUAAUAGUCCGUGUGAACUUAUCAAAACGGCUGGCCACUGCCCCACCACCAUCACUAACAACAACAUUAAUAAUAACUCCACACCUCAAGGAACAGCUUCCUCAUCAGUCGCUUCAAAUGUCGCAGCAACGAAUGCUGCCGCCGCAGCAGCAGUCGCCACAAAUCUUAAUCCUGCCUUGCCUCUUAUAAAAAAAGAAAUAAUGUCCUCACCAGAACCUGCUCUAACCAAUGCACAUGAUCUCCCAAAUGAAAAUCCCUUACAAACAGCGCCUAAUCUAUUAGCGCCACCAUCUGUCAAAAUAAUGCCUCCUCCACCGCCUGAGGUAUCACAGCCUAUACUUUCGGCUGCUGACUCGGGUUCGGGGGAAUUGUAUGAAACUCGUUUGGAGGGUAAAACCAUUGGUUGUUUUUCUCUGGGCGGUGAGAUGCGUUUGUGUUUACCCCAGUUUCUCAAUAAUGUUUUGGCAGAAUUCUCAUUGGAGCAAAUUAAUCGUAGUUUUGAUGAUUUGGGCAUUUUCUGCUCCCAGUGCACCCCAGAUCAGUUAAUGGAAUUUAAGGCUGCUAAAAUUUUACCAUCCGACGUCAAAUCGAGCGGUUUAAUAACACGCACCGAUGCCGAACGUCUUUGCGCCAUACUUUUGCAUCGUUCUGAUCGCAAUAGUUAUAUUAAUGUUGAAGACAUACCUAAAGGCGCCAUUUCCUUUAAGGUCUAUCAUCGUUGUUUUGGCAAAUGUGAGGGUAUUUGUACUCCCGAUAUGUAUUCGUAUCAGAAACCCACUUGCAUUAUGUGUCUCGAGUGUAAGGGUUGGUUUUCGCCACAGAAAUUUGUGGGUCAUGUUCAUCGUAAAGUUGAGAAUCGUACUUGUCAUUGGGGGUUUGAUUCGCGUAAUUGGCAUGAUUAUUUACAUGUCGCCUUGGAUGUGGAGAAUCGUGAGAAAUAUCAAAAGAUAUUGGAUGAAUUGAAGGAGGUGGAGAUUAAGGAACAACUAAAGGCUCAACAUGAGAUUAACUAUUUGAAAAGAAAGGUAUGUACUUGGGUUUCCGAUCUAAUUAUAUAAUUGUUUUGUAAGUUUUAUAAUAGUAUGAAAAAUUUUAUAGAUUAUGAAAAAUUUUAUAGAUUUUAUAACAAUAAAUAUUAUUUUAGGGCUAAAUCCUCAACUUAAAUAUAUUUUAAUAAAAAUUUAGAAUUUAAGUUUUUUUAUAAACCACAAACUGAUGCAAAACUUGUUUUAAAAAUCCAAUGGGACUUCAAAUAUGCUGCUAAGUUUAAAUAUUCUAUAUGCAAAUCAUUUUUAAAAGCCAAAAUACUCUCUCUCUGUUGUAUUCGAAAAUAAAAAUUCAAAUCGUUGAUGUGAUGUGACAGUGUUGUUGACAGUCGUGUUGAUAUUUGGAAGAAAAAAAGAAAUAAAAAGUAACACAAACACCAGGGAUUUCAUGCUGAUAACUAUAAAAUUUUGCCACUUCUUACUACAUAUGAUAUCUUAAAAAAAAGAAACUUCUUUUACUUCAAAUGGAGUAUAAUGAUGAAAUUAUCAACUUAACUAUUAAAUAUUUCUUUUUUUUUUCGUUUUUUUCAUAUGACAAAAGCAAAAGAAAUGGAUAAAAUCUAAAGUAAAUAACAUUUUUUCUUAAGAAAUUCCUACAAAAACUCCCUCUAACAAAAUGAGAGAGUGCAGGACCAUAAGCCAAAUAGCAAUAGUAGAGACAACUGUCAGUCACGAAAAUCGCCAAAGUCAGUCAUUCAGUUAGCUUAACUUGUAUAGAAAACUUUUUUGUUCUCUAAAUCCUGGUAAUGUGAAACCCCCUUACAUAACAAGAAGAACAGCUGAGUCCAGCCUUAUUUGUUGAUUAUUUGCACAACUAAAACUGACAGACACUGGCUGUCAGUUAAGUUGAUGUGAUGUAUAAAAAAAAAAAUUCAUUCAUUCUACUCCUCUAUUCAUUGUGAAAAACGACUGACAGUCAUAUAGCAAUCGGGUGGGAUGCUGGUUGCCUUGGCUGGUCUAUUGGGUUGUUUAUUUAUUUGUCCAUUCAACCAUUAUGUUUUGCUACUUCCCAUCAAUUCAUCCAUUCAUAUAUCUCUUUAUCCUUCGUCCCUAGAAUUGAAUUGAAAUAAUAAAAAUAUUUUGUAUGAGAACCAAAACGACGAUGAAUAGCAAGAAAAUCAAUAAAAUCAUAUCAUGUAAUCUUGAUAGCAAAAAGUAUAAAAUAAAAGGAAGACAAAAAAGGACGAAAAGCAAACAGCAAAACAUAA